AAGUUCCUCUCGAUCACGUACUCAGCUGACGGCGAGCACCUUCUGGCUGGCGGUGAUUCCAAAUUCAUCUGCCUCUACUCCAUCCCCGAUCGGUUGCUGUUGAAGCGCUUCGAGAUCACCGUGAAUCUCUCCUUGGAGGGCGUUCAGGAGGCACACGAUCGGCGUCGCUACCUCGCCAACUACAGCGAAGAGGCUGCCGCCGCGAAGGAGGACCACCGUGAAGCCCUGCCUCUGCCAGGGGUUCGAACCGGCAUCGAUCAGAGUCGUCGCUGGUGGCGACCGGAUGUGCGCGUCACGUGCGUCCAAUUCUCGCCUACAGGCCGACAGGGGUCCUUCGAUUCCCAACCAAACGACGUCUGCUGCGCGUGUGCACGUGUCUAUCCAAAUACUGGAGCCGUUUCGCUAAUGUUGCCUUGGCAACGCCUGACAAUUUACAACUUGGCCCCCUUCCUCGAUGCCGCUUUGGCCUUCCUGGAAGACGUUUCCACGGUCCACGUUGUUUACUGCCUAAGUGAAUGCGACGUGGAGUCUAGGAUAGCAACUGUUUGUCAGACGAAGCUUCGCUAUCUGUCAGGCAACUCUCGCGAUUCCGAGCUCGUGGAAUUCUUCGUCAGCAAACGACUCGACCAAUUACGAUUCCUAGCCGACGUCGUUCUUACCGGGCCGUUUACGAUUCAAUAA